CGUAGUUUGCGCCGCCAUUGUUUGACAGCUCUCGUUGCUAACCAGCAGCUUUCCUGGUGACCCGCUCAACAAGAACAACAAAGGAAAAGACACUUCUGAGUGCGACGUGGAUUAUUUUAGGACGCCUCACGGCGACACGGAGAGCAUGAACGAGGACGUACGUUGCCGAAAGGACCCAUGAUGAAGCCAAACUACUGCAAGCUUCCCUGUGCCGGAGUGCAGUGGGGCGGCGCUUCAGAGACUCUGCUCCAUGACGCUUACAGCAAAGGACUCAACUCUCUGUCCUUCGAUCCGGCCGGCAACAACGACCCCCUGCAGUUCAGCAGCUCCGGCGGGCCGCUGGGUACCGAGUGCCCCCCUCUGGAAAGCACUGGUGAGAAUAGCAAGAAGAGGAAGCGGGCCAGCCUGCCUCCAGAAGGCAUCUGCAACAUGACAAUGGACUCCAACUCGAUGACGAUGCCCAUGUCCGAUCCCAACCCCUGGGCAACGGCCAUGAACAACCUGGGGAUGCCGCCCAUCGGGAUCACCGGACAGCAACUCAUGCCAGAGUUUGAUCCCAGCCUCGGCAUGAUGGCUGGAAUUAACCCCCUGAAUCCCAUGAUGCCCGGCCUCGGUAUGGGGCCCCCGCCGCUCUCCCAGGACGUGCCCGUUAUCAAGGAGAUCAUCCACUGCAAGAGCUGCACCCUGUUCCCCCCCAACCCAAAUUUCCUGCUAGAAAAGUUUCUGCCUGGGGACUUUAUUCAAACAAGUCUUACAAGUCAUCUUCAAGACCUUCCACCUCCUGCCACAAGGGACCGCCCCCCAGGAUGUAAGACUGUGUUUGUCGGCGGUCUGCCCGAGAACGCCACAGAGCAGCUCAUCAUGGAGGUCUUCGGGCAGUGUGGCGAUAUCACCGCCAUACGCAAAAGCAAGAAAAACUUCUGCCAUAUCAGAUUUGCCGAAGAGUUCACCGUGGACAAGGCUCUCUUUCUGUCGGGUUACCGUAUACGCCUGGGCUCCAGCACAGACAAAAAGGACACGGGCCGCCUCCACGUGGACUUCGCCCAGGCCAGAGACGACCUCUACGAGUGGGAGUGUCGCCAGCGAAUGUUUGCCAGGGAGGAGCGGCACCGGCGCAAGAUAGAGGAGGAUCUUCUCCGGCCGCCCUCCCCUCCUCCCAUCGUCCACUACUCGGAGCACGAGUGCAGCCAGCUGGGAGACAAGAUCAAAGACGACGGGAAGUUUCCUGAGGCGGUGCGCGUCCUCCUGACCUGGCUGGAACGAGGUGAAGUCAACCGUAGGAACGCCAACAACUUCUACUCCAUGAUCCAGUCCUCCAACGGCCACAUCCGCAGGCUGACGGGCGAGAAGAGUCAGCACGAGAAGGAGGUGGAGGAGGCCAAAGAGAAGUUCAAGACCGCUCUGGCCGGCAUAGUUGGCCAAUUUGAGCAGAUUGUGUCUGUAUUCCAAGCUGCUUCCAAACAAAAGGCAUGGGACCAUUUCUCCAAAGCUCAGCGCAAGAACCUGGACAUGUGGCGCAAACAAGCAGAGGAGAUUAGAAACAUGCACAGCGAGCAGCUGAUGGGCAUCAGGCGAGAGGAGGAGAUGGAGAUGUCGGACGAUGACAUGGAGGACUCUCCCGACAGCAAGGACUCUGAGGACUCUGGAGUUUCCCAAGCGGAGGCCUUAAAAGAGGAGAACGACUCUCUGCGCUGCCAGCUGGACGCCUACAGGAACGAGGUGGAGCUCCUCAAACAGGAACAAGGCAAGAACCACCCAAUGAGCAGCGAGGAGGACACCACACACUCACAGCAGCUCAGCUUCCUGCAGCAGGCCCUGCAAGGCAUGCAGAAGCAACUGUUAAAAAUGAGGGAUGAAUUAAAGCUGCGGGAGACGGAGCUUGAGAAGAGUUUGGAGGACAAACAGCAGCUGAAUAACCAAGUGCAGAACCUGAAGGAAGGACUCCAGAACCUCCAAAACACGCAUGCCAUGGAGCUGGAGCAGUUGAAGCAAGACGACCGAGGCGGCGAGGAGAGCGCCAAUCAAACCAGCGAAGCCACCGUUUCAACCGUGGUGUCCUGCAGUCAGGAGAAGGACGGGCCUACAGAGAAGAGUCCUCAGAGUCCCGUCCACUCGGAGAGGGAAGCCCUGCUAGUCGGGAUCAUUUCGACGUUUCUGCACGUCCACCCGUUCGGAGCCAGCAUCGAGUACAUCUGCUCCUACCUGCAGCGCUUGGACACCAAGAUCAACACCGGCGAGGUGGAGGCUCUUCUCUCCCGGCUGCCUUGCACCUUCAGACAGGAGCUGACCGGCGUCGGCGCCAGUCUGGAGAAACGCUGGAACUUCUGCGGCUUCCAGGGCAUCAAGAGCACGUAGACUGUUGCCGGGAGACAAGACAGCGGGGAGGGGGGACACUGUAAAGAUGCAAAAGACGCGGUAUAAAGCCCACAAAUAUCAAAGACAGACUGUACAAGGACACCGAAGACUGAGCACACAGCUCAGAUGAGGAGCAUUUCAGGGACUCUGUGGGUGGCGGAGAUGUAAAAAAAAAAAAAAAAACACCAUUUCCACGGUCACGUGAAUGUCGGCGGCAAACACUCUCUAUCACGUCUAAAUGUUGUUAGACCUGACGACUCUCCAGAAGACCGCCGGCCUCUACAGUCACUGGAUUAUUAUGUAGUAGUCGUGCUUUCUGAGCCUGGUCAGUGGCUCCGUACGGCGUCAGUGAGCAGCCGGGGCCGAGGAGGCCGACGGGGUCCACGGGAACACUUGAAACCUCCGAGCUCUUUGGCCUCCAGCGCUCCGGUUUUUGCCGAUCCUGGUUUGUAAAAUAGAUUUAAAAAAUGGAUAUAUUUCUUCAUUUUCUGUAAAUGCCGUUGCAUAGAAUUAUUUGUUGUUAUACACUGUAAAUGCUUGGAUGAUAUUUUGAUUAUAAAAAGACAGUUGAGUAUA